UACCCUGAGGUUAGUGUAUCGUCACCACUUAUACAAUGCGGAUGUCUACUAUUUUACUAGCCGCCUUGAUUGCUUCAGUUUCUUCUGAAAAUAUUAAGGAUCGUGAGUCACUAUUAGUCCAAAUUAGCUCUGGCCUCGUUAGAGGGUAUAAGGAUAUCCACGAGGAUGUCUUCGUGUUCAAUGGAAUACCGUACGCUACAGCACCGACUGGUACAGAAAGAUUUAAGGGCCCGCUGCCCCCGCCUUCUUGGUUACAUCAAUUUGAAGCCGUAGAUGACCGAACUAUAUGUCCGCAAAUAACACUUUUAGACCUUCCUAUGGAAGGCAAGAUUAUGAAGGAAGAUUGUUUGAUUGCAAACGUUUAUGUUCCUAGAACAGAGAGUAAAAACCUUUCAGUCGUUGUCUACGUGCAUGGUGGCGGAUUUGUGACUGGUUACGGAAAUAUGCUUCCACCGAAGAAAUUAGUAAGAAGUCAAAACGUUAUUGGCGUGACAUUUAAUUACAGAUUAGGGGCACAUGGUUUCCUUUGCUUAGGUACGGAAGACGUGCCCGGUAAUGCUGGUAUGAAAGAUCAAGUUGCACUUCUGCGAUGGGUUAAAAAAAAUAUUGCGGGCUUCGGAGGUAAUCCAAAUGAGGUCACAAUAGCUGGAUACAGCGCUGGAUCGGCGGCUGUUGAUCUUUUGAUGUUGUCGAAAAUGGCUAAAGGCUUGUUCAAUAAAGUAAUUCCGGAAAGUGGUGUGAAUAUCUCUCCUUUCACUGUUCAAAUUGAUCCUAUACAGAAUGCAAAAAAGUACGCCAGGUUGGUAGACAUUCAUGAUGUCGAAGAUUUGACAGAAUUAGAAAAUAUUUUUAAAAAGAUGCCAUAUCAGAUAUUACAAUCAGGAAAUGCUUUAAAUAGUAAGGACUUUACAUUCCCUAAUGUUCCCUGUGUUGAGAAAGAUAAUGGACAAGAAAUGUUUCUUAAAGAAGAUCCAAUGAAUAUUUUAAAGCGAGGUGAUUUUCCAAAAGUGCCCAUGUUACAUGGAUUUGCUAACAUGGAGGGAUUGAUGUCUAUUCAUCGUUUUGAUUUAUGGAAAAAAGAAAUGAACGAAAAUUUUGCAGAUUUUUUGCCUGCUGACUUAAAUUUUGAAAGCAAAGAGAGUAAAGCUCUAGUAGCCGGCAAGCUUAAGGAAUUUUAUUUUGGUGAUAAGUUAAUCGACUAUGAUGCUGUUUUGCAAUAUGUUGAUUUUAUUUCCGAUGGAUUUUUUGUAUGUCCAACAUUGAGAGCUAUAAACUAUUUAACAAAAGCAGGACAUAAUGAAAUAUACUUAUACGAAUAUUCUUACACAGACGAAUACACUCCUUUUGUACCAAACACUACGGUGCGUGGAGCAGAUCAUUGUGCUCAGAGUUUCGCUGUACUUGAUUACUUAGAAAUUGAACCGUUUAGUUCUAACAAGGAAUUAGCUAAAAUGAAAAGUAUUAUGAGGGAACUUUGGGGAAAUUUUAUCAAGAACGGAAAACCUACAGCUUCCGGAACUCCUGUAUGGACUCCUGUAGGAUCAAACGGGUCUCCAUAUAUGACUCUUAAGUUGGAUUCAGAACUAAGAAGUUCAUUGUUGGCAAAAAGAUGUGUUGUUUGGAAUAAGAUCUAUGAGUCCCAUUACAAAUACCCCGGACCUCCUGCAUCACCACUUCAAAAGCAUAAUGAGUUAUAACUCUGGAUAUAAUGAACAUUUUACAACAUUUUUUUUCUUUUAUAUAUUAUCGGAUUAUAUUUUAUGUUAAUAAACUGAGUUACAGAAUUAUUGUACCUAUAUUCAUGUCAAUAAACAGGGCUUGUGUUUUGGGACAAAUCGAGUAAGACUUAAUGAUUAUUAAAAUUAUUUUUUUUUGUUAAAACUAAAAGGGAAACUAAAUAUAUAGAAACAAAAUUAUCCAAGGAGUGUA